AGAAAAAGACUUUAAAAUGAUCUGAAAAUGAUAACAGUAUGACAAAGGAUUAAAAAAAAAUGACUCGAAUUGUACUGUAUUUUGUACUGCUAGGCAGUAUAAUCUGUACAGCAAGACCAAGUACAAAUUCAAAUCUACAGAAACCCAAAAACCCCCGAAAACUAGUCGAAUCCCGAAUAUUCAAAAUCCUACCCCCUCCAACAAAAUCGAGAGUGAAAGAAGUUAAUCGUGCAAACAGCAAGGAAGUGAAUUCGAUAUUUGACGAUAACAGUUUACAAAAACGGAACAGAAAAAUCAAUGACAUUAUAAAAAAGUUGACGGAAAAUGAUAUAGUGCGUUUACCCAUAAAGUUUAUAUCCAAUGGUGGACCCUUGUCCAAAGAAAGUAAACAAAAUACAGUUGAAACAUAUGUUACACCUAUAGAAGUAGAUCCAAGUGCAGGUGAGGUGAGUACAGUACCCCUUGGUGAAAAUGAGAGUGAAACGGAGAUUCCAACACCUGUUACAUAUCCUACAAUACUCAUAAACAACCAAACAAACGAUCAAUUCAAAGAUGAAAGUUCGAAAAUCCCCGAAAGUUUAAAUUCGUACCCAACAGAAGCUAACAUUUUAGAAGAUUUGAAACCAGUAAAUCUUCCAAACGAUGAUAUGGAAAAUCCUGAAAACUUUAGUGUAAAAAUCCCGGAGAUUAUGGAGGAAGAAAUGACUGAAUCAUCCUUAGAGAUUUCAACGUCAGCUCAACCCCCAACUGAUGAUGAAAUAGACCCAGAUAUAAAUGUGUUGGAAACCCAGAUUAUCAAGGAUAUCCACACAACUCCUAAACCCGGGAUUGUAUCCCAGUAUCCGACAUUUGGAUACCCAAGCUCAACCAAUGAAUACUGGCCUGGGACAACUGGAUACCAUCCAAACAGUAUAGAAGGAUACAAUCCAAAUAAAUAUGGAAACAAACCUUUUAACGGAGGACAAACUCCUAUUUUCUGGAAUGUUCAAUAUUCAUUGCAAUUCCCAACUUACAUGUACUUGCAGUUUCCAAUCCGAAGCUUCUACUAUAUACCUUAGAAAAUCGUUAAGACAUUUAUGUACAAAAAAAAAACAUGCAAAUACAAAUUAUAUUAUGUACUGCAAGCUUUGGAUGUUUUUCAAAACCUUUUUAUCUGAUAAAUACGCAUGCCAAACAGUAAUGGAUAUAUUGUUUAAUUAGUUUGAAUUUUUAAAAACAGAGAAACUCGAAAACAUUUUCGGCGCGAAUCAUUAAUCCUUAAUGUCGUCUUUUAACUGGCCUGUUCAUUAGAACACCCCAAUACUAAUUCAAAUUGCUUCAAAUAAACAAAAUACAUUCUUUUCUUCAAAUCACGCAUGAACUAACGAGGGCGAGCUGUGUUUGGUUUCUGUAAUUCAAAUUCAAUCCCGUUUUGGUCUAGACUUCAACAAGCGAUAAACUUACGAAAUUGUAUUUUACCACUUUUUCAUAUAAACCGCAUCCGCCGAUGAUAAUCUAUAUAUAAAUUUAGCUUGUCUGUUUGUUUGUUUGUUUGUUUGUUUGUAUCCAAUAAACGUCAAAACGG